AUGGAUGGAAGAGGGGGGUGCUGUAUAGCGAGGUACACUGGCGGCGGCGUAUACGAUAUGUCUAAAUUUGGCCGGAUAAUGAUGCGAUUCCGGCCAAUAGCUCCAAAGCCAGCUUCAACAAAUGGGUCAGUUUCCGGCGGAAGCAACUCCACGCCGGAAAACGCCGACCCAUCCGUCAAAACUGGCCGUGGGAAGAGAAAAUAUGCUAAAGACGCAGCCAGUGCCAAAAAUAAGAACAAAAAGGUCUGUAACAGAAAAAGAAAGGCUUCGCCGGAAAACUCCGCUUCCGGCGGUUCUGUUUCCGGCGGAGAAACGGUGGUAACGCUGCCGUUGUUUCCACAGACAUCUGACGUGAAGGGAAGUAUGAAAAGAGAUGCACCCAGUGCUCCUCUAUUGUUGAGCUUUGGGAGUGAAGGGGGAGAAAAUCUGGCCACAGUGGUGGGCUCGUGGGUUACAGUUGAAUGCGUAACCAACAGUUUGAUGGACUGUUAUCGUCUUGGCCGAACCGACAAGGAGAGGGUGAUGAGCCUACAGCGUGACACGUGUCCGGGUUUCAUAUCGGACAGCCUGAAUCGGGUGAUGUGGACCAAUGGGACAUAUCGGCAGAUGGUGUCCGGCACGGAGGAGGAGGUGGUGGCGUGUCUUGUGAUCAAGGCGGGAGUGGUGGUUCCGGCCGGGGUUCCUUCGUUCACGUGCCGGGUCAGGGUGGCCACGUGCGGUAAAGACAAGAUUUCUCUUACACUGCCGUGUGACGUUUGGAGAAUGGAAUGUGGAGGGUUUGCAUGGCGGCUUGACACCACGGCGGCGCUAUCUUUGGGCCGAUAA